AUGAGUCUUGAUAGCCUGCCCCGCGAGCUUCUCGCCAAAGUCGUCUCGCUUGAUUCUGGCUUGUCAAGGCGAGAUCUCAAGUCACUUAGACUGACCUGCCGCCAGCUGACUACCGAACCGUCGCGCAUCCUUUUCUAUGAAGUUCGGAUUUCCCCUCUUCUUCAAGAUUUUCAGCACUUCUUUGACUUUUCAGUGUCUCCUCUUGCCUCCCUAGUUCGAGUUCUCGUCUGGGAAGAGCUUGCGUUUGACACUACGCACUUCGAAUAUCCUUUUUGGAGGCCCUCAGUGCUUUAUAGGGAUGAAAAGGAGGAAAUGGAUGACAGUGAUGCGAAUAAACACUUCUUCAAAAAGCUCGGCAGGCUCGUGCAACUUUUGGGUGGCUCCCAGUAUAACUCGGGUUUUCCACGUCAGUCGGACCCUUCUACUGCGGAUAUGGUAUAUGAUAACGGACAGGUAAUUCCAAAAUUAAACUCUCCGGAUGAAUUCGUGUCUGCUGUCCGCAACAACAUGCCUAAUCUAUAUACCCUGGUCUCAAGGCCCAUGGAUGGCCGGCGGUGCCUUGGGCACCCCUCCUCGGGUCUCUCCAUAACCGUCAGCAGCCUCAGGCAACUUGUGCAGAGACGUACGACAGAUCUAAGCUACAACAUUGGUUUUACGGAUUAUUUCAUCCCGCUACUCGAAUCUUUGGCAAGUCAGGCGGCCAAUGAUGAAGCGCUAACAAACAAGAUUACCCAUCUGUUCUACUCAGACGAGGGCAUCCACACCCGUUCAGCUCUCCACCGGAUGGAAAAGCCUUUGAAUCUUCAUAUUUUUGAACAUCUUGUUCACUUUGAUCUCUGUCUCUGCAGUAGUCAGAUCAAGAGUCUUGCUUCCUCCGGAGAGUUUACAGCGUGCCUUGCGAAUGCGAAAAACUUGAGGAGCUUGAAAAUAUGCAACGAGAAGAGUCCCUCUAUGUCCAUUCCUAGCAUCAUUCCCACGCUUACCAAACUUGUUAGUGUGGAAUUCGUGGAAAUGAAAGGUAUUGGAUGGCCCGAGUGUGCCGGGAUCUCCCAGACUAUCGCUUUCAUUCGGCGCCACGCGAAGACACUGAGAAGGUUGUAUUUCACCUCCGCGACAGUCAGUGGUUCCUUUCUUACGGAACUUUCACGCUUGAAUUUGUUGCACUUGGAUACGUUUGUUAUAGCGUCAGGAGACGACACUGACAACGACGGCGAUUACUAUGGCGAGGGCUGCGGCUAUGAUUCCGACAGCGACUCCGCGACGCAUGAGCGUAUGAAUGAACAGACAGUUCUUGAUUAUGUCAACCAAGUGGAUGACCCCGAUCAGAAACCUCCACUAUCAUCUUACAUAGGUCAAAAGACGCAGAUAUCUACACACUCCCUAGUCUUCGACACAACUACCUGCCAGCUUUCAGCCUUCCAUGCUACGCGGGACAGCCUCUGGCAAAAGAGGGGAUAUGAUUUGAAGGAUAUCGAAGCUUUGGAUUCUGCUACCUUUGAACGAAGGGACGAACAUGGGAUAGCCCAUAGUCUUGGGCCCCGAAGGAUCUACCAUAUCGAGGCGGGUUUAUGGGUUGACUCGGACGAAGUUUUCUACGACCCCGUCACUGAUGAAGAGGUUGAUGAACCUUUUGAAAAACGAGAAAAGCCCAAAGAUGACUCCUGGACUGUCCAAGGACAACAUACGUGGGAUUCAGAAAUGGGUCUCUGGAGAGAUGGACAAGGAAAACUGAAGAAGUUCGCUGCUGAAAGGAAACUUCCAGAAAGACCACAAGUCCCCGCCGAUGACCAAGACUCUGAUUUCCACAUCGACAUGCAGCCUUUCUACGACAGAGAAGAAGACGAAUAUCUCCUCAGAAUCGAAAACUCUCCACGGUGGGAUUGGGGACGAGACGCAAACGGCCAGGUUUGGUACUGGGAAGCAAGUGGCACAGGUGGUCAGGCAACCGAGAUUUGGCGCUUCGAGCACAACGGAGAGAUUGCAUAUGGUCAUGAACCGCUGGACUUUUGGGAUGAUUGGUACGAUGAACCUGUGGAUAAGGCUGAGUCGACACCUUAUGGCUGGAAUCUACACGCUUUUCUCGCGAGUGAUAGACUUGGCAGUGAGAUUCCGCGGUGGAGCGCGUGCAAUUCCCUAGAUAUUUAUUGUAAGGAAGACGACCCGAUCUAUGGCAACAAUGACCUUUUUUAUUAUCUUCCAAAGCCAAUGGAUUUUGAGGUGUGGUCAGAUCAGCCAUGGGCCUAG